AUGUCACGCCUCUCCUUUGGCUCUGUGGCCUCGAGCGACGAUGCCAGCUCCCCCACCGAUCUCGCCUUUGCCCAGCUCUCCCAGCUUCUCACCCGAUUGCAGCACAACGUGUUGCACCCAACGGCCGAGCGAGAACGACGACUUCGAAAGAGCGAGUAUGAAAGGGCCAGGGUGGAAUCGAAUUUGGCAUAUGCCCGCACCUUGCUCGGAAACCUGGAGCAGGAAGCGCUCGAGAUCAAGGCACCUGCCCGGAGGCUUGAGCGGCAGCAUGCCCUGGUCGCCCACAGGGAUAGCUUGGAUACGCUGAUAGAUCGGCUGGAGGAUCUGCGGCAACUUGGCCCAGACGGCGUAGACGACGAAGGCAGCGAUGGCGAAGAGGAUCUGCUGGCCCAUCUCGAGCCUCCGCCUCCUCCUAGAGACGAUAAUGAUUCGAGAGUGUCUGGGACGAGAAAUGGAUCCAUGGCGGACGAGAUGGCGCCCGAUUCUCCCGCAAGCCGACUAGCAGCAGAAGAGGACCCCGAUGUGCCUACGACUACAUCCGUCUCAACCCCCACCUCCACCUCUGCAUCCAUCCCUACAACAGCAUCAAAACCAUGGGUGGACGAAAUUCAGCUUCCGACACAAACGUCGCAAACCCUUCGCUCCCGCGCAGUCAACGAAGCAUCCCCGCCCACGUCACACAGCACCGCGCGCGCCAACCUCUUCGCCAACCGGCGGAAAGCCCCCGCCAGCACACAAGCAUCCGCAGCCACGGCCGAAGCUAUCCUCGACCACCAGCGUGCCGAGCAAGACUCGCUUUCAGAAUCCAUACUCAAGAUGGCCGGUGCCCUCAAGGCCAGCUCGCACCGCAUCGCCACCUCGCUCGAGGAGGACAAGGAAGUCGUCAACCGCGCCGGUGAGGGCAUGGACCGCACCGAGAAGGGCAUGGAGGCCGCCAGCGGCCGCAUGGGUGCGCUACGGAGGAUGACAGAAGGCAAGGGCUGGUGGGGGCGCAUGAUUCUUUAUGCCUGGGUCUACGGACUGAUGCUAGCCUUGGUCCUUCUGGUGUUUGUCAUGCCAAAGUUGAGGUUCUGA